AUGAUUGUUUUCAGAAAUGCACCAGUCAGGCAACACUUAAAGAAUGUGUAUGGUUGCCUGUCCCUGUCCACCGUAUCAGCGGCUGCUGGAGCUUACGUGCACAUGUACACGCAAUUUCUGCAGGCCAACCUGCUGACGACCAUCGGCACCCUAGGCCUCCUCAUUGCGCUGAUGACGACACCUGACAAUGGCAAGAAUCAAAAACUGCGUCUCAGUUACCUCUUGGGAUUUGCAUUCCUAUCCGGUCUUGGUUUGGGGCCCUUGCUUGAGUUGGUGGUCAGCAUAGACCCAAGCAUUGUAAUAACAGCAUUAGUUGGCACGACGCUCGUCUUCGUUUCCUUCAGUAUUUCUGCGCUUUUGGCUGCACGUGGCCAAUGGCUGUUUCUUGGUGGCACUUUAAUGAGUAUGCUGAAUGCUAUGUUCUUAUUCUCCUUCAUCAAUCUGUUCUUGCGCUCGACCUUCCUCUAUCAAGCACACUUGUAUGUGGGAUUAUUCGUUAUUUGCGGCUUCGUUAUUUACGACACGCAACUGAUCAUCGAGAAGUAUCACAUUGGUAGCAGGGACUUCAUCAUGCACUCCUUGGAUCUAUUCAUCGACUUUGUAGGCGUUUUCCGACACCUCCUUGUGAUACUUACGCAAAAGGAACUGUCCAAGGAUUCACGUAAGCGUAGAGAUUGAGCGAAAACAAGACGAGUAAUUGUGGUGCAUUCAAGUAAAUCCAUAAACUAGAGGUCUUCAUGUAAUCUAUCCAUACCUAGGUAUUUGUGUACAUAUACAUACCGGAAAAAUUAUAUAAAUACCGAUAUACACCACGUCAUAUACGUAUAUACGCAUAACAUCUCUUUAGCGCGAACGCGAAACUAUAUAAAUAUAUAUUUACUAUAUUGAAAAAAAGAGGAAAAUGUUAAAUGCAGUUCGUUUACUAUAAAUGAGAUCGGCUUCUCUUAUGUCCGAUUACAGAUGAAGACAUGUCGUAAUUUAUUUUGGUCAUGUCUCUGAGUUAUAAUUCUCCAUCAAACUUGUAUACAUAUAUAUAAUAUAAUAUAAAUUAACUGUGUAUUAUAUUUUCAACUUUCAAUAAAUGAAUUUUCCCAAAAUUUUCUCUUUUUAUUUCAUAUAAACUUCAAGUAGGGAUAUGAGUAAUUAAAUAAGUCGAUCGAUUCGAUCGCAUGUUUACACAUUUAAGAGGUCUUAUCUAUAUUAUCUAUUUCAAAACUGAUUUUGAAAUAUACGAACAUAACAUACAUAUGUGUUUAGUCUUCUGGUGAAUAUAAAAAGAUCACGC